ACAGAAAUAAUGACGUUGCGCGUGUGCGAGGCAGGAAGUCAUGCUGUCUACGCAACUGAUAAAAACCAGCACUUUAACCUUGAAUGAAAAACAUGCAUAAGACGGCGAUCUGAAAAGCAUGUCAGCUGUCAGCCUAGCGGUGAAAGAGCGGCGAGCGUCGCAUCUUAAACGGGGGAGCGGGCUGAACGUGCAGUCGUCGCAUUACGCGGUGACAAACUCUUCGGAUCAAUCUGAGCAGGCAGACGUGAGAUGGAGCCGGGAGACGCGUCAGCUCACACCGCUGGAUGACUGCGAGCGGCUCGGGACGCUGUUCGGACAGGUGAACAAGUGCCUGCGGGGGGUGGGCUUCUGCCAGCUGUACUUCGGGGACAAGAUCGUGGAGCCCGUGGUGGUGGUCCUCUUCUGGGUGAUGCUGUGGUUCCUCGGCAUCCAGGCUCUGGGCCUGGUUGGAGCUCUGUGCAUCGUCAUCAUCUACAUCCAGAAGUGAUGCCUCGUUGGUUGGUGGGCAGUGCUCCUUCCAUCAGCCGCAGGUUCUUCACACUACCUGGCCUUCAGCAGACCAGUGGACACAUCAAAAGUGCCUUGCAUGGAGUUUUAUACGACACAUUUAUGCACGGCGUUUGGUAGCAGUGAUUUUUGUUUUCUUUUUGUAGUCAUUCAAAGCUUUUAAAAAUGUAUUUUUUUGAACAUAUGUAUUUUCGUAAUAUUGAAAAAUUACAGAAAUGACUGAUGGUGAAACCACAGUGUAGGAAGUACUCUGCUGGGUAAAUGAAACCUUAGACACUUCAGCACUUCUUGUCAGUAUUAGAGACCUGAUUGAAUGACUCUUACACAGUCUGCUAAGAACUAUGACUUCACUGUUUUUCAGCAUGCAACAGAUCUUCAACCCAGAUACAAUUUACAUGUCUGCAAGUUUAGACUCGGGUUAACCUGGGCACUUUACUGUGGUAAUCCUUACCAGGCGUUGUUUACUAUAUGCAUCACACUUUAAUUUCUCUUUAAUCUUUAAAUGCCAUAGAGUUGA